AUGACUGACAGGUCCACUUCUCAAAUCAUGGCCGCUCUUUGGUUGGAAUCAACCAUCUCUGACUUUAUUGAGUCCACAAUAUCCGAAUUUGAGAUCGAAAAAUGGUACAUGAGCCAGCGUGUAAGGACACUGGAGAUCAUGAGGCACUCGGGGAAGCUGACCACGGCGGAUUUCCUGAAAAAGGCGCACAAUGUCAUCGAAAAAUAUCGGACUGCGUCGACAAACUUCAGAUUGCUCAAGGGACGGAGGAUCAUGAUACAAGAGACCAUCUUUGAAAAAGACAGUGCUGCAAGGAUGAGAAUUGGUCCAGCAUGGGGUCUUGUCAGUCAAUCAUACAUGUCCGGCAUUAUGCUCGAUGUCAUAGAUACAACCAAGCGGGCUGAUAUGAAAUUCGAUCUGAAGGCUUUCAAGAAGAGGGUGACUGAACACUACGACCUUCCAACCCUAUUGGGUCGCUCUGGUCAAACAGGUUCCAAGCUUUCAGGAUUCUGUCACAUUCAGGGUGAAUUUCGACAGUGGUCGGACAUCAAGGCAGCUCAUAUCGUGCCAAGGUUUUUCAGCGAGCCAGAAAUCUCACACUUGCUGGGAAAUAUCGACGCGGAUGAGGCCAAGGAGCCUAGUAAUGCGCUCUCGAUCGCUCGAACACUUGAGCCUCUCCUCGAUCGAGGAAUCAUUGCUAUUGUUCCUGUUUUCUCUGCACAUUACGGGUCGAGUAGGUGGAAAUGUAUUGUGUUGCAAGAUACAUACCGAGACACCAUAAUUGAUGUGUAUCGGGAUGAGAGGGGUACUGUACAACGCAAGCAGAUCAAGGACUUUGAUGAAAUGGAGUUACGUUUUCUUUCUGCCAAGCGACCUCGUCCCAGAUAUCUGUACCUCCGGUUUAUGCUAUCCUACCUCAACGCAAAGCGCCUUGGUCUAGACAAUGUGGCCCACCGGAUGGAGAAUGGAAAGUUCUGGGCACCUGGUGGUCGCUAUCUCCGUAAAGCAAUCCUCAACACGAUUGCCCGGCUCGUUUGUGGCACUGAGCUUCCCGAAGAACUAACUAAUAACUGUUUCGACACCACGUAUAACGAAGCUAUGAACCUUCAUGAUGGUAUGAUUCUUGCAGCGGACAUUCGAGAUAUGAUGAUAUCCCAGGACAAAACAAAAUCAGAAUUUGAUCGACGGCUUUUGAGUUGA